AAUAAAUGAGCAGGCAAGAAGAAGAAUCAAAAUUAUAAUUAAUAGAAUCAGCUUUUGAAUGCAAUAUAUGUUUAGAUAUAGCUACAGAACCAAUUUUAACUAAUUGUGGUCAUCUCUAUUGUUGGCCUUGUAUUUAUAGCGUAAUUAUUAUUAUAAUAAUUUGACUAGUGGCUUAAUUCAAAUUAAGAAUUUCUAACAUGUCCUGUUUGUAAAAAUGGUUGUUCUAAAAAUUCUUUAAUUCCUUUAUAUUCAAAAGAUGAAGCAAAAUCUAAGUAUUUUAUAUAUAUUUAUAUUAGUAAAUCUCGUGAUCCAAAUAUUCCUCCAAGACCUAAACCUGGAAGAAAUGAUCCUGUUAGAAAUAAUAAUCAAAUUGGAUAAAAUAACUUAGCUAAUGGAGCUAUGAUUGCAGGUUAUGGAUUGUUUCCAUCACUUUUUAAUUUAAUUUGUAUUAAAGAUGGAGAUAUUGAAAAAGAUGAAAGACAUGCAGGUAUCUAAAUAAUUAUCAUCAUUAUUAGAUGAAGCUACUGUUGAAAUUGAAAAUGUAAGAAAACUUAAGGCUAUUCUAUUUUUAUUAAUUUUAUGUUUAAUUAUGAUGAUUGUAUUCUACUUUUGA